CUGUGGAGGCGCUUGGACCACUGGUCCUUUGGAUAUCACUGGAGACACAGCGCGGACACUGAACUACCCAAAGGCUUUUGGCCAGAGUCCUUGACAAAACGGUGCACGCCUUGCCUUAAGAACGAGGAAGCAUCCGAUAUUUAAUAGGUAAGUUACAGGAAGAAGGAGAAAUGUGUGAAUAGGUUUUCGGCCUUUCUAGCUCGGCGUUUUGGUUUAACUUAAACGGCAGAUUAAAACGUGGAUAUCCUUCAAAACUGCAACAAACGGACACAUAAAAAGUUGCGACUAGAGUAUUACCGUAGUUUUUGGAUAUUAGUGCUGUAUAUGGAUUUUUAACGCACGGAAAGGAAACAUUCAAUAACACUGACAGUGCCUUAUUUUAAUCGUAUUUUAUAGCCUUUCACGGCAAUCGCCCAUCUUACUCUGCCACUACACACAAUAUAUACUGACAUGCUUCAGAGCAGCCUCGCUUGAUAAGAAAGGAAAGAUAAAGGGCACAUAGUGGCAUAUUUUGUUCGAGAUAGUAUUCGGGCUGUUUAUGUAUACAUUACAGUCGCUAUCUGAGAUCUGACCAGCGGCACACGUCAAGCACGGCUCUAGCAUCAUCGCUCAAUAUCGAGGACUGAACAUCUCAAUUACCAACAUGACGGAUGGACCGAGACAAAGAGGGAGCGCAGCCCCGAGCACCAGCGAGGAUGGAGCAGCAGACACAGGGAAAGCCGCUGGACAAUCAGUGGCUUUGAAGAAAGAGAUUGGUCUCGUCAGUGCUUGUGGCAUUAUUGUCGGUAAUAUUAUUGGCUCUGGAAUCUUUGUCAGCCCAAAGGGAGUGUUGGAAAAUGCCAGUUCAGUGGGCCUGGCCCUCAUUGUAUGGAUCGUCACAGGCAUUAUAACAGCGAUCGGAGCACUCUGCUAUGCUGAGCUGGGUGUUACUAUCCCUAAAUCUGGAGGCGACUACUCUUACGUCAAGGACAUCUUCGGAGGGCUGGCAGGGUUUUUGCGGUUGUGGAUUGCUGUGUUGGUGAUCUACCCCACUAACCAGGCGGUUAUUGCUCUCACCUUCUCCAACUAUGUCCUGCAGCCUCUGUUCCCCACCUGCUUCCCCCCAGAGAAUGGUCUGCGUCUGCUCGCUGCCAUCUGCUUGUUGCUGCUGACUUGGGUGAAUUGCGCUAGUGUGCGCUGGGCAACACGAGUACAGGAUGUCUUCACUGCAGGAAAACUUCUGGCCCUCAUUCUUAUCAUCAUCAUGGGCAUCGUACAAAUCUGCAAGGGCGAGUAUUACUGGUUGGAGCCGGCCAAUGCUUUCGAGCCUUUUCAAGACUAUGAUGUCGGUCUGAUCGCUUUAGCAUUUCUACAGGGGUCCUUCGCCUACGGUGGCUGGAAUUUCCUCAAUUAUGUCACAGAGGAACUCGUCGACCCAUAUGUGAACCUUCCCCGUGCUAUCUUCAUCUCCAUUCCCCUCGUGACCUUUGUGUACGUUUUUGCUAACAUUGCUUAUGUCACUGCCAUGAGCCCUCAGGAGCUGCUGGCUUCUAAUGCUGUAGCUGUGACGUUUGGUGAGAAGCUGUUGGGAGUGAUGUCAUGGAUCAUGCCCAUCUCUGUGGCCUUGUCCACAUUUGGGGGGGUCAACGGCUCCCUCUUCACCUCCUCUCGGUUGUUCUUCGCGGGUGCACGUGAAGGUCAUCUACCUAGCUUACUGGCGAUGAUUCAUGUGAAGCGCUGCACCCCAAUUCCAGCCCUACUCUUCACUUGCAUCUCAACACUUCUGAUGCUAUGUACCAGUGACAUGUACACACUCAUCAACUAUGUGGGUUUCAUCAACUACCUCUUCUACGGUGUCACUGUUGCGGGGCAGAUUGUGCUGAGGGUUAAACAACCAGAUAUGCACCGGCCAAUUAAAAUCAGUCUGGUGUGGCCUGUCAUCUACCUGCUGUUCUGGGCCUUCCUGCUGAUCUUCUCUCUGUACUCGGAGCCUGUGGUGUGUGGCAUUGGCUUGGCCAUCAUGCUUACUGGAGUCCCUGUCUAUUUCUUGGGCGUGUACUGGGACAACAAACCCCAGUGUUUCAAUACAUUUGUUGACAAGAUGACAUACCUGGGUCAGAAGUUUUGUGUAGUGGUCUACCCGGUGGAGGAUGAGAAGAAAAACGAGGAGUCUGGAGAAGAGAUCGAACUGAAGGAGCAGUCGGUUCCACUGUCAGCAGAGGAUGAGCAGACACCAAAAUCAGCUGACUGCUGAACAGACAUGUUUAGACACACUCAUUCACUCACAUACAGGCAGCCAGACUUAUUCAGAUAGACACUGGAAAUCAAACUCAGAUUUUUCACAUACCUCUAUAUUUUGCCUUUUCAUAAAGAGGGGGUUGCACAGAGUAAUGAACAGAGACUAGCUGCUCCACAGGUCAUGUGGUUCUGCUUUAGUAGUCUUUUACAACAUUCUCCGUUAUCUCUAGUUGCUAGUCCCUUAGCAACUGCCUUCUACUCCAUUUAAUUACAACAUUAAAAUGUGGGAUGACAUAAAGCUCUAGAAUGUAUUACUUAUAAACACUGGUUUGGAAGGGUCUGCAUUUU